AUGGUAAUAGGUCUACUGAGCUGGAGCUGCGGAAAUCCAAGAGUUGGAGCCCAAAAAGAUGGUGGUCUGCGGCCGUGCAUCGACUACAGAGGUUUGAACGACAUUACCAUCAAGAACCGCUAUCCUUUACCCCUGAUUACUGAGCUCUUUGACAGAGUUAGCGGAGCUACCAUCUUUACAAAGCUGGACUUGAGAGGUGCAUACAAUCUCAUCCGGAUCCGUGAGGGUGACGAGUGGAAGACCGCAUUUAACACCCGUGACGGACAUUAUGAGUACCUCGUCAUGCCCUUCGGAUUGAGCAAUGCUCCAGCUGUCUUCCAGCAUUUCGUCAAUGAGAUCUUCAGAGACAUUCUAUACCGUCAUGUCGUGGUCUAUCUAGAUGAUAUCCUCAUUUUUGCCAACAAUUUAGAGGAACAUCGUUUUUGGGUAAAGGAGGUUCUGUCCCGUCUCCGUGUCAAUCAUCUCUAUUGCAAAUUAGAGAAAUGCGUCUUUGAAGUCAAGUCCAUUCCGUUUCUAGGGUACAUUGUGUCCGGUUCCGGACUAGAGAUGGAUCCUGAGAAACUACAAGCAAUCCAGAAUUGGCCGGUACCCUUAACCCUCAAAGGGGUCCAGAGGUUCUUAGGGUUCGUCAAUUAUUACCGAAAGUUUAUACGAGACUUUUCCACCAUUGUGGCGCCUAUUACUGCUUUCACCAAGAAGGGUGCUAACCCGUCCAAGUGGUCUGAAGAAGCCAUGCAAGCUUUUCAUCUUUUAAAACAGAGGUUCAUCUCUGCGCCUGUCCUGAAACAGCCUGACAUCGACUCUCCUUUCAUCUUAGAGGUGGAUGCCUCCUCCGUUGGAGUAGGAGCGGUGUUAUCUCAGAGGGCUAAAGAUGGCCAUUUACAUCCUUGCAGUUUCUUCUCACGGAAGUUCUCCCCAGUGGAACACAACUAUGCCAUUGGCGACCAGGAGUUGCUAGCCAUCAAGCUCGCUCUAAAGGAGUGGAGAUAUCUGUUGGAGGGAGCUUCUCAUUCAAUCACCAUCCUUACAGACCACAAGAACCUUCUAUAUCUGAAAGGCGCACAAUGUCUCAACCCUCGUCAGGCCAGAUGGGCACUUUUCUUUUCCAGGAAAGAUGGUGGUCUGCGGCCGUGCAUCGACUACAGAGGUUUGAACGACAUUACCAUCAAGAACCGCUAUCCUUUACCCCUGAUUACUGAGCUCUUUGACAGAGUUAGCGGAGCUACCAUCUUUACAAAGCUGGACUUGAGAGGUGCAUACAAUCUCAUCCGGAUCCGUGAGGGUGACGAGUGGAAGACCGCAUUUAACACCCGUGACGGACAUUAUGAGUACCUCGUCAUGCCCUUCGGAUUGAGCAAUGCUCCAGCUGUCUUCCAGCAUUUCGUCAAUGAGAUCUUCAGAGACAUUCUAUACCGUCAUGUCGUGGUCUAUCUAGAUGAUAUCCUCAUUUUUGCCAACAAUUUAGAGGAACAUCGUUUUUGGGUAAAGGAGGUUCUGUCCCGUCUCCGUGUCAAUCAUCUCUAUUGCAAAUUAGAGAAAUGCGUCUUUGAAGUCAAGUCCAUUCCGUUUCUAGGGUACAUUGUGUCCGGUUCCGGACUAGAGAUGGAUCCUGAGAAACUACAAGCAAUCCAGAAUUGGCCGGUACCCUUAACCCUCAAAGGGGUCCAGAGGUUCUUAGGGUUCGUCAAUUAUUACCGAAAGUUUAUACGAGACUUUUCCACCAUUGUGGCGCCUAUUACUGCUUUCACCAAGAAGGGUGCUAACCCGUCCAAGUGGUCUGAAGAAGCCAUGCAAGCUUUUCAUCUUUUAAAACAGAGGUUCAUCUCUGCGCCUGUCCUGAAACAGCCUGACAUCGACUCUCCUUUCAUCUUAGAGGUGGAUGCCUCCUCCGUUGGAGUAGGAGCGGUGUUAUCUCAGAGGGCUAAAGAUGGCCAUUUACAUCCUUGCAGUUUCUUCUCACGGAAGUUCUCCCCAGUGGAACACAACUAUGCCAUUGGCGACCAGGAGUUGCUAGCCAUCAAGCUCGCUCUAAAGGAGUGGAGAUAUCUGUUGGAGGGAGCUUCUCAUUCAAUCACCAUCCUUACAGACCACAAGAACCUUCUAUAUCUGAAAGGCGCACAAUGUCUCAACCCUCGUCAGGCCAGAUGGGCACUUUUCUUUUCCAGGCUCAUAUUUGACUUAGAAGAUCAUCCAACUUCAUUGAAAAAAGAAAAUGAAGAGCCUCUUUCCUCUUCUGCUAAAAUAGAGUGGUACUGCCCCCAAGGCCAACCUGUGUCCGUGUCCACAAUGGAUUCUACAAAAUCCUGCAUGACGAAUGAGAUAACGGAUAUCCUGUCUGCGUUAUUAGACCAAAAAUUGGCUCCUCUAAAGGACUCGCUUGACUCUGCUCUCACUCAAUUGAACCAACAUGCUCAGCGUCUUACCAAGGCAGAACAGAGAAUAUCCGACCUAGAAGAUGAUCUCACGACAGCUAAGACGGCCCUUUCUGACCAAGAAAAAUUUGUUGCAUCUAUUCAGGAUAAGCUUGAGGACCUUGAAAACCGAAAUAGGAGAAAUAAUGUGCGCCUCAUCGGCCUACCGGAAUUGGUGAAACCUCGUGACCUCAUGACGCUUGUCUCUCAAUGGCUGCCUAGGGAGCUGGGUUGCAUUUCAAAUUCUGGCUCCAUAGUAGUGGAACGUGUACACCGUAUUGGCCCUGAACGGCAAUCCACAAGAGACAGGCCCCGGCCCGUCAUCUUGAGAGUCCUCAACUACGCUGACAAGUCAUAUAAUUGGAGAUUUCCAUCCUAUCUUAUGAAAUCCUCUGAUUUUUGCACACAUCUAGAACAAACGUUUCGUAAUUAUGUAGCAGACAAUAUUACACAUGUGGAGGAUAUCAAUCUGUUUUGGUCAGCUUCGAAACCGGUGAUUCGAGGCCAUAUUAUGGAAUAUGUUUCCAGGAGACGUAAGCUGCUCGCUAUCCAAUUACAGGACCUUGCUAGUAAUCUGACCAGGACUUAUGACGCACUCUUAUUGCAGGAUUCACCCGACAACCGGCAGGCAUAUCUUGCUGCUAAACAGCUGUACGACUCAUUGUAUACUGAGCGGGCGAGAUUUUCAUAUGAUUUACAACAGAAUAGAUUUUUUCGAGGGGGAAAUAAAUCCGGGAGACUAUUGGUGAAUCUGGUUCGGUCGUACUCCGCUCCUUCUCGUAUCCCUCAAAUAUUCACUGCUUCGUCUGCAACCAUCUUUGAUACUCCCUCAAUUUCUGAGGCCUUCUUACAAUAUUAUAACACUCUCUAUGAAGCCCCCUUGGAUCAUCCGAAUCUUGGAAUGCAAUUCCUUGAGAGGGCAAAACUGCCUGUUUUAACAGAAGAGGAAAGAAAAUCCUUAAUGGAACCGGUCACGGAACCGGAAUUACUUUCUCUGAUCAAAUCACUGCAAACCGGCAAAAAGGUUCUGAUUGUGUAUGCCAGGCAUGUCCAAACUGCGGCCCUCCAGCUGCUGUGA